UCCACUACAAGGAUGCUCUAGCGAGAUUCUUGCGACAAGGAUGAUGGAUCAGCUCUUCCCUCUCAUGGACGACGAGAUGGAGACCGUGUCGCUGGAAGCAGCGUCCACGGCGACACCGCUCCUCCGCGAAUCGAGCUCGCAGGAAUCGCCAGAGAAUGGGGCGAUGACACGCCGGAAAGAAUCGUCCAGGAGCUUUCGGAGUCCAUCCGGGAGGCCCGAGCUCCUGAUCGAGCCUCCGAGCUACGCCGAUGUGGUGUUCGCUCCAUACGCCGCCAGGCAGCCGGAGGAAUCCGGGAGGGCAGUGGAGAAGAACUAUCUCCGGAUUAGCGUCUCGGAUCCACAGAAGACGCAGGAUCACGGCAGCAGUGGCGGGACUUUCGUGGCGUAUCUCUUCACGACCUACACCGAUCUUCCGGAGUUUCUUGGCACGAGCUUUAGCGUCCGGAGGAGGUUCCGCGAGGUGGUGGCGCUGGCGGACCAGCUGGGAGAGAUCUACAAAGGCUACUUCAUCCCUCCCAGGCCGGACAAGAACGUCCAGCUCGUCCAGACGCAGGACUUUGUGAGCAAUCGCGUCCACGAGCUCGAGAGAUACUUCCAUCGUCUCGCGGCGCAUCCAGUGCUGAGGAACAGCGUGGAGUUGCGGCAGUUCCUCUCGUCUCCAGGGAGGAAUCCAAUGCAAGUCUCCUCGGAUGUUUCGUCGGUGAUGUUUGAUGGUGAUGAGAGUGGUGCUACUGGGAAUGGGAACAGUCACGCGGUGGCGGAGCCUGGUAAAGGUGGCAGGGAUCUCUUGAGAACUUUCAGGGAGCUGCGGCAGUAUGUGGCCAACGAUUGGGGUGGCAGCAAGCCGCUGGUGGUAGAGGAGGAUAAGAAGUUUGUGGAACACAAGGAGAAGAUCCAGGAGUUUGAGCGCGAGCUUGUUCUAGCUUCCGAGCAAGCAGAGCUGCUUACGAAGGCUCAAGAGAAUAUGGGAACCGUCAUGGGUGACCUUGGGAUGUCCUUGAGUAGACUUGGCCGGUUCGAGUGCGAGGAUGCGGCCAUUGUUGUUGGCAAUGCCGCUGUGAAAGCGAGCAGGUGCUACACAGAAUCCAGCACGCAGUGCAUUAAGUAUUUGCUUACCUUUCACGAAUACCUUGCCUUGAUGCAAGCUAUUCACGGUGCUUUCGCUGAGCGAUCGAAAGCACUACUGACGGUCCAAACUCUUAAAUCCGACAUAGCGUCAAUGCAAGCUCGGUAUGAGAAGUUAACAGCGGCGUCUUUGAGAGUUUUUGGUGGCGACAAACGUAAGAUAGAGGAGACAAAAGCGGCCAUUGCAAGCUCGGAAGAAGCUUGCGCAUCCGCUCGAAAGGAGUACGAUCGCAUCAAAGAACGGAACUGGGAGGAGAUUGAGCGAUACGAAGUUAAUCGACAGACAGAUCUAUUCGAGAUGUUGAAAGGAUUUGUACAGACGCAGGUGGGUUACGCGGAAAAACUCGGUAAAGCGUGGAGUGAAGUGUCGGAAAGCUUAAGCUCUGGGGAGGGCAUGGCUAGUUCUAUAGAUCCGGAAUCAUCAAAGUCCCGAGACACGCAGCGCCAGUGACACAGACAGGCUAGCGGCAUUUAUCAAGUCCUGCGGGAACUUGCGAGACUUGGCACAGGGCAAGAGGAUUGCUGCACAGAU